UUGGGUGUUUGUGAUUGUUGUUUUGUUUUAAAGUUUAAGAAAUUUGGACUUGACAUUCAUUGAAUAUGGAAGAUGAGUCAGAAGUGCAUAAAUUAUGGAGGAUUCGAAAAACGAUAUUCCAGAUGUGCCAUGAUAGAAAGUAUUGUGUUGCUCAGUUUGAACUGGACCAGACCUUCGAACAAUUCAUAGAAGAAUUUGGAUAUGAGCCGAGCCUUAUGAAACCUUGUAGGGAAGAUCUCAUGAUACAAGUACAGCAUCUAGCUGAUCCACAAGAUAUGAUGUUUGUAUUUUUCUGCGAAAAACCCAAAAUCGGUUUGAAAUCGGUGGAAACAUAUUUGAAACGUAUGCGGGAUCAAAAUACAAGAAAAGCUAUUAUAGUUGUUCAACAAGGGAUAACGACUGCAGCGCAUGAAUUCAUUGAAAAUAUGAACCCGAAGUAUUCAAUGGAGUUUUUUCUGGACGAUGAGCUUAAAAUAAAUGUAACUGAACAUACGUUAGUACCACCUCAUGUUUUAUUAACGCCAGAGGAGAAGGAAGAGCUGUUAUCUAGUCGCUCGCUUGAGGAAUGUUCAUUGAUGAAAAUACUAUCAACUGAUCCAGUUGCAAGAUAUUACGGUGCGAAAAAAGGGCAGGUAAGAAUUUAAUGCAGGUUUUCAAGAUUAUCUAUAAUAAACCCCAUACAGGGACAAGUAUUUCCUAUAGAAUCGUUGUAAAGGCAUAAUUUUGGAACAUUAUUUCGUGUGAUUUUUAUGAUGAAUUUUAUUGUAAUAAAUGUCAUUUUACUUUC